GAUGCAUACAGUGAGUAUAUUAAUCGACCAAGCGUGUACAGGGCGACACUGUACAGACUUGUCAUUUCCAGUCUUUUGAUGUUCACUCUUCCGUUUGCCACAAUGUACAUUUCUUAUCGUUAUAUUAAAGAAAUUCCUGGUUGGACAUCAGCUACUGCAAUUGUUCCUGCAGCUGUCAGUGCCAUCAUUGUGGUUUAUAUGAUUAUUGUGAUGUUCAUUUUUGUGGCGUACAAGGAAGAAAAAAAGGAUGCCAGCUUGAAGGAAAGUUUGAAAAAGAAGGAAUGA